GGGUGUUCCUGUUCGUUUGUGUGUCUGUCUGCCUGUCUGUUUGUCUGUCUGCCUGUCUGUGUGGUGGGGGGUGUUCCUGUUCGUUUGUGUGUGUGUCUGUGUGUGUGGUUGUCUGUCUGCCUGUCUGUGUGCGGAAACGGGGUGUUUUCUCUGUCCGUGCGUGCGUCUCGUUAAGGAUGCGCUUGUCUUCCUCCACAUGCAUGUUGCUCCCCCUCCCCCGCUCCCUGCAACCCGCCCUGUGCCUUUACACCGCAUGCGUGAGUGGUGAUUGCAACGCCAGCUGUAUGCGAGCUGCAGUGAAUGGAACCGCGUGUUUUACUAUGACAGAAGGAACACGAUAUUCUGGGGCACCUUUGCCAUGAUCACACUGUAUGACACCAUCACGGCUGCUGCUGCGGCAACAGAGAGUCCAAUGCGCCAGCGCUGCUUCGCUGCCCCUUUCUCUUCCUCCGCCUUGCGGCGUAACCUGCUUGUCGUCGAUGUUGUGGCGUGCACGGCCCCUGCAGAGGUGCUGGCUGAUGUCGGGCUGUAUUCGCCACUCUGCGACAUCUGGUCCCUCGGCGUCGUCAUGUUCAGGCUGCUGACGGGCCGGCACCCGUACACGCCGUCGCGAAACCCGGACGAGAUGCUGCAGGAGAUCAAAUCCCAUCCCCUCAACCUCGACGGCGUCGACAUCGACCCCCGCGCAAAGGAUUUACUGAGCUACAUGAUGAAGAUAGACCCUGCCUGGCGCAUGACUGCAAAGGAGGUGAUGAGGCACCCGUGGGUGUCGGAACAGAGCGGGGACAUGACGAAAUCCAUUCUGAUGAUGAUGCGCGAAUUCACACGCGAGGAGCAGGACAGCAGCGGCACCGAUCCCACAGCCCGCAGCGACACGCACACGCCGGCAUCGACAUCCUCGCCCCACACUACUGCCAGCAACGGCGGCGGUGGCGGUGGUGGGAAGCGUGGCAAGACGUCGCCCACAGGGUACGAUUCAAUGAGCUCCUUCACGCGUGGCAGCGGUGGCGCUGGGAGCGGCGCUGGCAGCAAUCGCACAGAUGCGCACGGGCGUCCGAAGCGGGGGCGGCCGAGUAUGCAGGUGCUGCAUGAGGACCAGCUGUUGCGGCAGCAGGACGAGCUAUUGGAGGCAGACAUCGCGGCGCAGGGCGCUGGGAAGACACAGCCGCACCACCAGCACCAGCAGCUUGGCCUUGGUACGCGCGAUACGCAUGGCGUGUCGGCUGGCACGAGUCACAAGGGCGGCAGCAACAGCGGCAGCAACAACAGCAGUACAUCACAGCUGCGCACGCGCCAUCACCAGGCCUCGCUGCGCCGGCAGACCAGCACGGGCGCAAACAAGCCUGAUGUUGCUGCUGGCUCAUCCUCCUCCCCUUCGCGUCGCCACCACGCCCCCAAGUCCACUGCCCACUCCCCUGCCAACACACGCGAGCCCACCAACACCAACGGUACCAGUGGCGGUAACGGCGGUGUGAGCCGGCGGCGUCGCCCGCGUCGCAACUCGCUGCAGAGCGUGAAGAGCGCUGACGCGAACGCGGUGUCCUCGCCGGCGCUUCGGCCAGACCUGGACCUGGACUCCAGCCCAGACCCCGCGCCACGACAGCGCCGCCGAAGCAGUGACCCGGCCAUUGGUGCCGGUAUCAGCGAGGCGGCAGCAGCGCUGUUCCGCUCGCCCAUGUCGCCUUCGCUCUCUGGUGCACGGCAGGCUUACGCCGGUGGCGGGCACAUGGCGUCGACGCACGGCCACCACCCACACCACCACCAUCACCACCACCACCACCAUCACCACCUGCAUGACGGCGAGGGCCAGUCACAUCGCACGGGCACGGCGGGCGGGUCCAGAGGCCCUGGCAGCUUUCGGCGCAAGGCACCGGCACGGCUGCAGCCGCUGUCGCCGUCGCCAGGGACCCCGAGCGCAAGCGCCCGCACCGCAACUUCACCCACGCCUGUCGGGCUGACAACAGGCGCAUAUGCACACAGUGGCGGAGCAACGACAUCCACGGCAGCAGCAUCGACCACCGCAGCUGCGACAGCAACAGCUACAGCGACGGCAACAGCAGGCGCUGCGUCGUCAUUGUCGUCUGGCAAGCGGAUAUGGGAGCGGAGUUCUCGCCCUCGCAACUCGACGGAGAUGAGACGACGAGAGACCAUGGACAGGUUGGCGUCGCUCGCAGCGGGCCUGCACAACGGCAACGGUGGCAGUGCCAGGGAUGGCGGCGGCAGUGGUGGCAUAACCAACACGAUGGCGGCAACACCAACAGGAGCUGCAAUGCCGGCAGGGUCGAUGGCUACAGUGGGGGCUGGGAGUGGCGUGGGCGGUGGCGGCGCGACGAUCACGCGUGGGCGCCUGUCUGUGCCGGAGGUGGACGGGUUUCGCCAGCGGUCCAAGUCAUCGAGCGAUGUGGCGCGAGCUGUGAAUGGCAAUGGCAACAGUGGCACUGGUGGUGGUAGCGGAGCGCAGCGGCGGGCAACGCAUGGCACGCUGUCACCAGCAGCUACGCGACGGGUGCAGCCGUACUCGGAGUACCAGUUUGCCAACCACCACCAUGCUCAUCACCAUCAGCACCACCAUCAGGGUGGGACCAGCCAACGCCGGUCUACUCUGGUGUCUCGAUCGACACCCCGCCUUCCCGAAGUCCGAAGAGGAACGGACACACGACCGUCGCAGCGAACGCCAUAGUGGCAGUGCUCAAGGCAGAGCCAGCCGCUGUCACAACAAGAUUAUGUGUAUGUGUGUGUGUGUGUCCGUGGGUGGAGAUGGAGCGCUUUGUGCAAAGCAGUGUGUGUGUGUGUGGUUUUUCUCCCUUGUUUCUCUUCUUCUGAUGGUGAUGACGACGAUGAUGCCUUUCAACUCGUUUGACGUGUUGUUUGCGGUAUGAGCACAAUUGUGCAGCACUGUGAUGUGUGUGUGUGUGUUUGUGUGUGCACGAGAGAGUGGGUGAUGGGACGACAGCAUUUGCUUUGAACAUGUGUGUCCUCUCCACCUUUUAUCAUCACCAUCAUCAUCCCGUUGUCUAUUUCAUUCAUUUGACAUUUGUAUUGCAUUGCAUGCACUGAUGAUGGUUUCCCGUGUCUUGACGGAUGGUGUGAGGUUGAGGCACAACAUUAAAUAUUUCGGGGGC